AUGUGAUUUAUUAGAAAAACCAUGAUUAGUAUUUACCAAUAACUCAAAUAUUUGAUGCAAUUUUGCAAAAUCCAAUUCAUCCGUAACUGAAAAGUGUUGAAUCAAAAAACAAUAAACCAUGUUUUAUAUAAGUAAUAAAUAUUUAUUAAAUAUAUUUAUACUAUCAAUAAUAUAUGCACCAAAUUUGAGUGAACAACAAACUCCAAAUCCAAAUGUAAUCCCUCGGGAACCCGACUAUUGUCUACAGCAGAGGACCAACGUGUUUGAUGAAAACCAUGGUGAAUGUGGCGAAGAAUAUAGUCACCUCAAUACAAAUAAUUUUUGCUCACAGAUUGAAUGCGAGCCCAUAAUAGAUUGCAAUUCUAUGGACAAUGAAAAUAAAGUGGUCAUGGAAAAUAUUACAGGCCGGGGAUGUUGUCCCGCAUGUGUCACUUAUUUGGAGGAGUUUGCGGACUGCGAAGUGGGCUCAGUGUUGGACAGGUGUCGAAACGGACUGUUUUGUAACCCAUCGACCAAACAGUGCAAUACUCCAGGUCUGGACCCAUCGAAGGACAAGUGUCUGAUUGAGUACCACAAUAGGAUCCACGGGUCGUCCAAACAGCUCCGCUUCUAUAUUGAGUCGAGUAAAGGAGAAACCAAAUACUUUGCCAUCAAAUACCGCAAAGACUUGGGAGAUAUGCCCGGUUGUGAUGAUGAGACCGGACAGUAUCAGCUCAAACAGUGUAAACAGGAAAAGUGAGUGUCCAAUACUGAGAGAGAGAGAGAGAGAG